AUGUAUUCAGCAAAAACCUCAAAGUCAACGAUAAGUUGCAAACAAUCGAUCAAGUCGUUCAUUCAAAGGCGUUACCUUGCAACAAGAACAGCCGGUGACUCACCUUUUGAUCAUUUGCCUAGAUCACCGCCUAAUCGCAAAUGGAUCAAUUGGAAAACAACAACUGCAUUCUUUUUACUUGGGGGAUACUUGUCGUAUAAUGAGACUUUAUUUAAUCUUUAUGAGAAUUAUACGGCGAUUGAUGAGAAACAAUCACUGGCAACUCUACAAGCCUUGCAAUUGGAAUACAAGUUGAAGAACUUGCCCAUUUAUCAAAAGUUGGCCCAUCCGAAGAACAACCAUCAGUGGUUUAAAUUGCUGAGUUGGGAGAACCUCGAUAGAAAUGUUUUGGAUAAUCAAGAUUUAUCCGUCAAGACUCAAGACGAGUACCAUGAACCAACAUUGACAAACGGAACCUUGAGCAAACCAGGGGGCAUCUUGAUUAAACCAGUCACUUUCCACAAUAUUGAAACCGACGAAGGUGUAUCGAUUAUCCAUGCAGGCUACAGGUUAUGUGGGUACCCAUUUAUAGUUCAUGGCGGGAUAAUAGCUACAUUAUUGAAUGAAACUUUCAAGAGAAAUGCAUCAUUGAGCAAGGACACCACAUCGAAUUUGAAGGACGAUUUCAAAGUCGAAAACUUGACAAUCAAUUAUAAACGUCCCACGCUUGCUAAUCAAUUUUUAGUUAUAAAGACAAAGACGAAACCUAGUGAAGAAAACGACAAGAAGCAUAUUUUGUUGGAGAGUGUGAUUGAAAAUGAGAGUGGUAAGGUAUUGGUAAAGAGUCAGGCAUUGUUACACGACACCGGAAGAGCUACAAACAGGAGUAAAGAGAAGAUAAAGGCGGAAAGAAGCUGGUGGUGA